AUGGCGUCCAACGACAAGGCCAUGGAGUCCUACAAGAAGGCCAUCACCACAGCAGCAUCCGUCGCAGCGUCUCUGAUGCUGGUGCGCAGCGUGGUGAACGAGCUGGUGCCAUAUGAGGUGCGCGCCAUGCUCUUCUCCGGCUUCGGCUACCUGCGGUCUCACAUGUCGUCGCAGAACACGAUCAUCAUCGAGAAGAAGAACGAUGGCUUUACAAACAACCAUAUCUACAACGCCGUGAAGACUUACCUUGCGACACGCAUCAAUACCAACACGCAGCAGCGCCUGCGUGUCAGCAGCAUGGACGAAAAUGACAAGAUGAUGGUCAGUAUGGCGGAGGGCGAGGAGAUGACUGAUGUGUAUGAUGGCAUGGAAUUCAAAUGGUGCCUCAUCUGCCAUGACAACUCAAGUGACUCCAACAACAAUGGCAGUCAGCACGAGGUCCGCUCCUUUGAGGUGAGCUUCCACAAGAAGCACAAGGAGAAAGCCCUCCAGUCAUACCUCCCAUUCAUUCUGGCCACAGCAAAGGCCAUAAAAGAUCAGGAAAGAACUCUCAGGAUAUUCAUGACCGAAUACUCAGAGUGGUCUCCAAUUGACCUCCACCACCCAUCUACAUUUGACACGCUUGCCAUGGACCAGAAGCUGAAACAGUCCAUCAUUGACGACCUUAACAGGUUCAUCAAGAGAAAGGAUUACUAUAAGAGGAUUGGCAAGGCAUGGAAGCGGGGGUACCUGCUGUAUGGUCCACCUGGGACCGGCAAGUCCAGCCUGAUCGCGGCAAUGGCCAACCAUCUCAGGUUUGACAUAUAUGAUCUCGAGCUAGCUGAGGUCCGCUCCAACUCAGACCUCAGGAGACUUCUUGUUGGCCAGAGCAACCGAUCCAUUCUUGUGGUUGAAGAUAUUGACUGCACCAUCGAACUGAAACAACGGGAGGAAGGUGAGGCGCAUGACAAGUCGAAUUCUACACAAGAAAACAAGGGAGAAGAAAAAAUAACACUGUCCGGACUGCUCAACUUCGUUGAUGGGCUCUGGUCAACAAGUGGGGAGGAAAGGAUUAUCGUCUUCACGACCAAUUACAAGGAGCGGCUCGACCCAGCACUACUGCGGCCUGGAAGGAUGGACAUGCACAUCAACAUGGGGUACUGCACCCCAGAGUCUUUCCGGAUCCUUGCCAACAAUUAUCAUUCUAUCGACUACCAUGUCACAUAUCCAGAGAUUGAGAAGCUGAUCAAAGAGGUCACGGUGACACCCGCAGAGGUUGCCGAGGUUCUGAUGAGGAAUGAUGACACCAAUGUUGCGCUCCAUGAUCUUGUCGAUCUCCUGAAGUCAAAAAUGAAAGAUGCCAAUGUGAUGAAGACCGAACACGCGGAUGCAAAUACCCAGCUGGAUGAGAAGAAAGACGACAGAGAUAGUGUUGAAAAAUGAAACCACAAGCAAUUUUCUUCCAAAAAAAAACGAAAAAAAAAGAUGAAAGCAGUUAUUGGAUUGGGUGGGAACUAACAAUGAUUGUGCGUAUCAGGUAGAUGUGUGAUUGUGCGUAUUAAUAACAUUGUGCUUUUGGAGUGAUGAAGCGCACUGUUUAGGUACUAAACAUUGUGCAUAUGCAGACAUUUGGAAGUACUGUCUCGACAGCAAGCAUACGAAUAUGCAAUAUGCCAAUAUCAGUAUGCCAUUUGAUAUGAAACUGCACAUAAGCCAUUUCCUUUGAAAGCCAA